CUCGGAGGCAGUUACUCCAUGGUGCGGACGACUUCGAAGGAGACGGCGGCGGCGGCGGUCGUCGCGGCUGACUUGCAGCCCAUAAACAACAUUUUGUUUGACCCGGUCAAAGGCGAAGUGGAUGUGGCGUCGGGGCAUCGGGUGUGGGUGCACGAUGCGAUCGAAAAACGAUUGAAGAAAGCCAUGGUGACGGGGUGUAUCGACCUGAGCGGCCCGCCGCCAUCGAGUCUGCAGGACGGGAGUCGGACGUUCCAGCUACACUUGCUUCCGAGCGAGUUGUACGCCUCCGUGACGAGAUUGACGUGGGCCAAACAACAUUUGAAAAAGCUCUUCCUCACCAACAACUGCCUCACGCUCCUGUCCCCCGACAUCAUGCAGUUUCGUCAUUUGACCGUGCUUGGCGUGGGGGGAAAUGCCCUCACGUCUCUGCCGACCGACAUUGGAGCCCUCGUCCAUCUCGAGCAACUUCACGUUGAGAACAACCAGCUGUCGACGCUCCCCGACUCGCUGCGUCGGUGCACAAAGCUCACGCACCUGACCCUCACGUCGAAUGCGUUUGUCGAGUUCCCCCUUAUCGUGACCAAGUGCUCGUCCUUGCUUCACUUGAGUCUGGCCCACAACCGACUGACCUCGGUCCCCUUGCAAAUUCGAUUCCUCUCGCGACUCGUGGAGCUGAACCUGGACCACAAUCGCAUCGGCCCAACGCUGCCGUCCGAAGUCGGGUACCUCAGUCGUCUCGAGCGUCUUGGGCUGGCAGGCAACUGCCUUGGCGCGAUGCCCGCCUGCUUGACGCACCUCAAGCUGUCCUGUCUUCGGUUCAGCGGCAACCGUGCCCCCGGCUACACUGUGCACGACCCCCUCACAGGGGAUGUCAUGGACGGUCGCAACACGCCAAUUCGAUUUGACGGAUACAUGCAGCUCCGGCAUGCGUACACCGUGCUGUGCGAUACCACGCAGCACGUGUCACGCCAAGUCGUGGACCUGGACGGACUCACGCCGACGCGGCUAUUGAAUCUCGAAAACGCCGCGCACGACCGAGACAAAGACCAAAUCGGCCGACAGAUCCUGCGGGGCCGCCAGCAGCACCAGUACAUCACGUGAGUACGUAUGGCUCUACAACCGCACCAGUGGUCGUCAGGACGAUGUAAGCAUGCAUAAUUCAAGCACAGAUGGCCCCCGCAAA